CAGAAAAAGGCCAGGAAUGUCUGCGACACGUGAGGAGGCUACCGAGUAUGUGAAGAUCCCCUCGGGCGAUGGCGAGCGGGAGAACUGGAAGCGGCUGAUUGUUGUCAUUGAGGAUGCCAAUCUGCAGACCAUCAAGGUCGGUGGCUCAAAGGGGGCCUCCUUUGCCCUCAUGAACUCGGACGACCAUCGUGCUUGGCUCUCGCGCAACAACAUCGACGUCAAUCUUGCACGCCCAGACAUCACACACCAGUGUCUGCUUAUGCUCCUGGACUCGCCGCUGAACAAGGCGGGGAUGCUGCAGAUCUUCAUCCGGACCAACAAGAAUGUGCUCAUCGAGGUCAACCCGCACACCCGCAUCCCGCGGACCUUCAAGCGCUUCUCCGGACUCAUGGUCCAGCUGCUGCACAAGCUCUCCAUCCGGGCUGCCAACGGACCGACCAAGCUGCUCAAGGUGAUCAAGAACCCGGUGACCAAGUACUUUCCCACCGGCUGCCGCCGCAUCGGCACCUCGACAGAGGGCAAGAUGGUCAAGCUCGGCGAGUACGUCGCCUCGCUGCCCGAGGACGAGCCCGUCGUCUUUGUCGUCGGCGGCAUUGCCCGUGGCCAGGUCAACCCGGACUACGUCACCGAGACCAUUGCUAUCUCCGAGUUCCCGCUCUCCGCCGCUGGCGUUUGCUCCAAGAUCUGCACCGCCUUUGAGGCCAAGUGGGACGUGCUGUAAGGUACUUUCGCUGCCACUGCUACGCCUUGCCUAGCCGCUGCUCCAGCGCUGCCAGUCGGGCUGCCCGCAUUUCCUCCACGGUUGGUGGCUGGACCGCUGCUGGAGCCGGCGCCGCGGCGGGUACCGCGCCUGCGUCGCUGGCCUGAGCGGGAGCUGCACCGCUUGAUCCGGCGCCCGUCUCGCCGAG